GAGCAGAGCCAUCCAUAUUCCAGUGGUCAAGUCAACCAAAACAAGCUCAAGGCAGGCGAGUGCUUACCAGGGAAAUGUUAGCUGAAGUCAAAGAGAAUUUAAUCGUUAAACCUCAAGAGGAUGAAUGUAUGAAGAAAUCUAUGGAGGCUGUGAAUAUUCCAGAAAACUGUGUCAAUUUUGCAAGGAGCAGUGAUGACACUGAAGCUGUGCUACAGUGUGAGAAUGACAGGUCUGACAGCAGUGGUGAUUCAAAUUUGAAACAGGUCACAGAGAAGUCUAUGCAGACUGACAAUGUGUACAUAUCCCCCCAACUGACAUACAUUGAGUGUGAACAUGAUUAUGCUUUUUCAUUUACUGAUACACCAAAGAAUCCAUCUGAAUACCAGCAGAGUAUGGAGGAAAGAUUAGAAGUUAUGACUGAAAUGUUAAACAACCUUAAAGUUAAAGUGGGAAUUCUUCAAAAAGAAUUAGAUGAGUAUAAAGAAAGAGAAUUUGAUCUCGUACGUUAUUUCGUGGUCACUUUUGGUGUUCGAAAUCAACGAUAUCAAUGGCUGUUCUUGUUUUGAAACGUUGUCAGGCUCGACGCAGACCACUUUUCUUUGAUAAAUAGCUUGACAUCUUAGGG